AUGCACUCGAUGAUGUGGGAAUACUUUCAAAGGUAUGGUCGAGUUUACAAGAUGGGCUUCGGAAGACGACCGACGAUCGUAAUCACAGACCCAGAGAUGAUCAAACAGAUCACCAUUAAAGAAUUCCCGAAGUUUCAAAACAGAUGGUUUCCUGAAGUUAACCCGCCUAUCAUUUCGUUCCUGUUCAUCGCUAAGGAUGACCAGUGGAAGCGAAUUCGCACAACGCUCUCACCGACGUUCAGCGCAACAAAAUUAAAAGAAGUCAUCCCAUUAAUGGAGGAAGCUUCGGAUGUUUUGACUGGGAAACUCACAGAAGCCGCAAAAACAAGUGAGGAUGGCAAAUAUGACUAUUUUCCGGAAUAUUGUUUUUUGUUGGCUGCCAGUUUCGCAAACUCGCUUCUCUCAGUCUCGUUUAGCAGUGGUCAAGUCCUUCUUAUGAGGAGUAAACGAAAUUGAUUGUAGAAAGGCAGUCUCCCACCCAGCCUCCGGCCAAAUCGUGAAUUUCCAGUGGCGGAUCAGAGAGGGGGGCCGGGCUCCCCCCUUAUUUUUAGACCAAACUGAGGCCCGAAGGGCCGAAAAAAAGUUUCUCGGAGACCGCCCCCCUUAUCUAAUGGUCUGGAUGACCGCUGUCUUAAGGCCUUGGUGAUAUCAUUUGUUCGAAUUAGAUAUGUGCAAAUAUUUCACAUUACUAAAUGGUUAAUCUACGGGCAAACAAUAUUUUCUUCCAUUUUUGCUGUUACAAGUAUGUACAUCUAGACAAAAAUUAUACCAAAAGCUGUUGCGGUUUCGUAACUGGGAUCCUCAUACAGGGAAAACGCUAGAGCCCGCGGGGGGGGGACUGGCUAUAUAGGUAUGUGCCGCUGUGAAGGGUAUGGUUUUCAAGCAGUUUACUCUAGGAUAGGGUAUAUAAAUCAGAGCGCUUGGGUCUAAAAUAGGGUAUCAUUUUCAGGAAACUGAUCAGUUGGUUGAAGAUUUUAUCUAGACUAGGGAUUGUGGUAUAAGGUUUUGUUUUGGCUAGACUGUGCUAGUGACUUCAGUAGUUUCUGGAAAACAGCUACUCUAGGAUAGGGGGGAUUUGGGGAGUUUACUCUAGUACAGGGUAGCAAAAUUUAGCUGAACUAGUUCUAGUAGAGGUUAAGGGUUUCAGGGUCCCGGUGGCACAUCCCUACCCAGAAAUUCCUAAAGUACCCCCCCGACCGGCGCUAGAGUUGAAUAAGGGUCGGACGUCGAAAGUGGACGGGAGGGUGAAUAGAGAAAAGGUAAGGGUUUCGCCCUGUUCCCUUCCCUCCCUCUCCGUCCCCUUUUGCGCGAGUGGUGAGCCAAGCGAGACACGACGGCAUCAGAAAGAGGUUCACUGCGCGCGCGGAACUUUCAACUUUUCGAAUUCGCAGGUUACUGGGACUCCUUUGCAGGCAGACACACGGAUGGAUGGAUGGAUGGAUAGGUAGGUUAGAUAGAUCCACUAUAAAUAAUGCAUUUUCAUUUUCUCACUAUUACACCACUCAUUUUGCAGGACACAGCACUGACGUCAACCCACUGUUUAGUUUAUUUGCACUGGAAGUAAUUCUAUCCGCAGCAUUUGGGAUGCAAGCUGAUAUCCAAAGCAAUCCAGACUCCGACACUGUUGAAAAGCCCAAAAACGUGUUCCGAACUCCGUUGUGGGUCCGCGCGUUUUCCAUGUUCCCUUUUUCCGAUUACUUCAGCAAAAAGUUAAAUCUCAGUCCCCUUAAUCACACCGACUACUUCAUAAGAAUAGCCCGAGUAAUCUAUGAUGCCAGAAAAGCACAGAAAACGCCAAGUCGGAAGGAUUUACUGCAACUGAUGCUAGAAGCGCAGAAGCAACAGAUAGAAGGGAAGAGGAUGAGCGAUGAAGAGAUAUCUGCACAGUCUGUCAUCUUCAUGGUAGCAGGAUUUGAAACGACUGGAAGUACGCUAUCUUAUACAUGGCGUAUCUACUCGCUGCGCACCCAGAAGUCCAGGAAAAACUCCUCUAAGAACUCGACAAGGCUGUAA